AUGAUGCUCAACCGUAUAUCUUUUUACGCUCCUAUCGGCCUGCGUGCCUUUUCCACAGCUCGCGUCUCCCGCAGAGAAUUGGCUUUCCAAGUAUUUGGCCCUGAAAACGAGGCGGUUCAACGGGAUCCGAUCGUCUUUCUCCAUGGACUGUUUGGUUCCAAGCAGAACAACCGAACGAUCAGCAAGGCUCUUGCUCGCGACUUGAAAUGUCGCAUCUACAAUUUGGACUUGCGAAAUCAUGGAGAUUCGUUCCAUGCACCGGAGCACAACUAUAGUGCCAUGGCCGAAGAUGUGCAAGAGUUCAUGGACCAACAGAAACUUGAGAAAUCCGUACUGAUUGGCCACUCUAUGGGCGCAAAGGUCGUCAUGACGGUGGCACUUCAAUCUCCAGAGCGCGUCUCCGCGCUGAUUUCCGUUGACAAUGCCCCUGUCAACGCUGCUCUGAAGAGCGACUUUCCCAAGUAUGUCCGUGGCAUGCAAAAGGUAGAGGAGGCAAAAGUCUCCAAGCAAUCAGAUGCAGACAAAAUCUUGAAAGAAUACGAGGAGUCUCUUCCAAUACGUCAGUUCCUGUUGACGAAUCUCGUUCGCUCGGAUGACAACAUUCUCAAGUUCCGUGUGCCUUUGUCCGUCAUCGGUGACGCUCUCGAUAACAUGGCGGAUUUCCCGUUCUCCGCAUCCGAGGGGAAGCGAUAUGACGGUCCUACGUUGUUUGUCCGAGGCACAAGAUCCCGCUAUGUCUCGGACAAGACCAUGCCUGCAAUCAAGCAGUUCUUCCCGAACGCGCAAAUUGCCGAUGUGGAGGCGGGACAUUGGCUAAUCUCAGAGAACCCAGAGGGAUUCCGACAAGGUAUGUUUCAGCGUUCAUAG